AUGAAAUCCAACUUGAUUAUCACGCUCGUUACCGCACCCCGUUUCCGACGCUACCUGAUAGUUUAUCUGGUGCUGUUGGUUAUCUGUUGGGCCGGCUGGGUUGGGUUCGCAUCGCCCCAGCUGAAGGAACAUGGGCAGAUCGCGAAGGCGCUCGACGUGAAGAAUCGGGAUCGGGUGGGAGGCUGGUUUGGCACGAAUUCCCUGCCGAGAUUCGCGGACCUAGUGCACUUGGAGACCCUCGAUGAGCAGCUGCUGCCAUCGGAGGGGCAGGAUGAUAUCCCGCUGGACCGACGAAGGCUGGUCGUGGUGGGCGAUGUGCACGGCUGUAAAGACGAGUUGGACGACCUGCUCGACAAAAUCUCCUUCGACGGUCAGACAGACCACUUAAUCUUCGCCGGCGAUCUGAUCACGAAAGGCCCGAAAAGCCUCGAAGUCGUCCAACUUGCUCGUGAAUACAACGCCUCGUGCGUCCGCGGGAACAAUGAAGACCGCAUCCUCCUGUACCAUCGCGAGCUCCUCGCCUCAGGCGUCCUUUCCGUGCCCGGACCAAAUACCAAGCUCAGCUCUGAUGAUGCUGCGGAUACCGGCAAAUUUCAGCCAGAGAUCCUUCCAUACGGAAACCGCAAAGAACACCUGUUAGCUCAGGCACUCGGCGAUGAGGAUGCAGCAUGGUUACACAAGUGCCCUGUGAUCCUCAAAGUGGGACGAAUCGGGGACCUGGGCGAAGUGGUGGUCGUGCACGGCGGCCUGGUUCCCGGCGUGGAGCUGGAGAGUCAAGACCCGUUUGCGGUGAUGACGAUGCGCAGUUUGGAUUUGGAUACGCAUGUUCCUAGCUCAAAGGCAUCGGGAAUGCAUUGGGCAAAGAUCUUCAACAAAUACCAGUCCCUCCUGGCAUCACGGCUCGCUUCUGAGCCGUCCUCCGUCGACGCUUCCUUGCCAACAACCGUUAUCUAUGGUCACACUCCCCACCGUUCGGCCGCCAUCCGGAAAUAUACAAAGGGCAUCGACACCGGUUGUGUGAGAGGCGGCAAGCUCACGGCUCUCGUUCUUGAAAACGGCGGCAAGACGAGAGUUGAGCAUGUGAGAUGCAAAGACUACGUUUCAGAAAGGAAAUAA